AUGAGUAGCUAAAGCAAUAUAUCAGGUAGUAUGCAGGCAAUGAGAAAUUAAUCUCAAUAGCAAAUUAACUAUUUUGAAAAAAUUGAAAAGAGAUUAGGCUAAAUCAGAGAAAUGCUGAAGUGGAUGCAGGAUAUGUUAAUGCAAAUCAGAAAAGAUUUAGAAUGGGUAGGAUUUAGAUGCAUUUACGAGCUUUAUAAUGAAUGCUGGAAAUUAGAAAGUUUGCAAUAAUAAUAGCAGCAGCAGCAAUUGUAAAUUGUUAAUAUUGCUAGUUAUAUGUUUAGCUUAGGUUAAUUGUUCUUAAAUUUGGAUAUCAAGGACUUAAUCGAUAAACUAUGCAAAUAUCUCCUUAAUAGAAAUCAAAGAGAAUAAGAAAUGUCUAAAAUUAAGCAAAUUCAUGAAAAAUACAGCGAAAUCUAUAUUUCUUUAUACUCAUAUGAAUGUAUUGUUUGCUAUUUCAAUGAAAAUUAGGGAACACAAGAUUAUUGCAGAGACAUAUUUUAGAAGUACAUAAAAAAAAGGAUACCAUCAGCAUUUAAUAAGAAUUAAUCUAUUCCAUCUCUUUAAAACAAUGAUUAUUAGUUCCAUAUUUCAAAAGAUAAAGAAGAUAAUGAACGUGAAAGAAACUUUUUGACUAACUUUGAUGAUAUUAAUCUAUUUCAUAAGUUAGAAGUAGUCAAGAAAGACAAAGUAAAAACAAGCGAAAUUCAAGUAUUUUAAAAAGCCUAUGAGUAUCUUGAUCAGCUAAACUCUAACAACAGCAACGAAGUUAAGCCUAAAUGCAAUCUAGUUUAUUCAGUUUUAGAAAAAUCUCUUAUGGUGAACGAUUUCCUUGAAAGAAAGCAUAUAGAGUCAGAUAGUUAGCAUCCAAGCAUAUUAAAAAUGAGGAUAGAUGAUCCUAAUGAGUCUGUUACAUGUAUUGAAGUUAGUAAAAGCGGGAAUAUUAUAAUGUGUGGUACUCAAGAUUCAUAGAUAUAUCUUUUUGAUGUUGGAAAGUUUUAAAAUACGAAUAGCAGUAAUUAAUCUGACAUAAUAUUUGGAGAAGAAAAUUAAGAAUAAUACAACUCAAAUAGUGUUUAGAUCAAAUUCAGAACCAAAUUCACAGGACAUGAGGAUGCUAUCACCUCAAUUAGCAUUUUAUAUAACGAAAACUAUUUUAUAUCUGCUUCUAUUGAUCUCUCUAUUAGACUGUGGGAUGUUAGACUUAAUGUCUGUCUCAACAUAUACAAGGGACAUUUAAAUACCAUCUGGAAUGUUAAAUUUGCUCGUUAAGGUUAUAUAUUUGGCUCUUGCUCAGCUGAUAAGACUGCCAUGCUUUGGACUACUAAUAGACCUUAGAUUGCUAAGGUAUUAAUAGGACAUUAAAAAGAUGUAACUUAAAUAGACUUUGCUGAGAAUCUGGAAUAUGUAAUUACUGCUUCUUUAGAUAAUAAGAUUAAAUUUUGGGAAUUGAAAACAGGAACAUGCGCUUUAACAUUAGAAUUAAAUAGCCCUGUAACUUGUAUGCAUAUGAGUUAUAGUGGAUAUUACUUUAUAACGGGAUAAGAUAAUGGAGACAUAAGAUUGUGGGAUUUACACAACUUAAAAUUAAUUCAAUCUGUAAAUUUAUAAAGCUUAAAAAGUAGAGACCCUAUUUAUUCUGUACAUAUUUCAUUUGACGAAUCUACAAUUACAGUGAACACUUCAAAAUACCUCGCUUACUACAAUAUAAACUAAUUAAACUAAAUCUAAGGUUAACAUUUGUAUGAAGAAUUUGAUAUUGGAAAGGAAAAGUAUAAUCAAAAAAUAGAAUUUAAUAGAUUUACUCCAAUCGAACCUAAAGAAAUUUUCGAACUGCCUAAAAUACAAACAGAAAAAUUCAUAAAAUCUUACAUGCACAUGCGUAAUUUCAUUCUAGCAAUUUCUAAGCAAACAAUUUGA